UUUUUUUUUUUUUUUUUUUUUUUUUGGAAGCGGAACAAUGGAUUUGGUUGCAGAAGACAUUCAACCGAGCGUGAGCAACAGCAGCAAGAACAGUAACAGCAGCAGCAGCAGCAGCAUCAUCAACAACAACAACAAUAGCAGCAGCAGCAGCAGUAGCAGUAGCAGCAAUAAUAGCAGAAGCAAUAGCGGUGCCAACGACAGCGACAGGGUGCCGAGUGAUGACACUCCAGCACCAGCAGCACCAGCAGCAGAGCCCAACGAACAGCCCGCAGACGAGUCUGACGCGGCAGUGAUGCGGGUGGACUUUCUGCAGCUGCUGCCGCGCGAGCUCGGCCUGCUGGUGCUGCGGCUGGUGGGCGAGAGCGACCUGCAAUCGCUGCUGCACUGCGCCUGUGUGAGCCGCCAGUGGAAGGACUUGGCUGAGGACAACCAGCUCUGGCGGAGUCUGUGCGUCGCCUUCGACCGGCCGCUCAUCUGGCGGGACCGCGCGGUUGCCAAGCUCGGCCGUGUGGAGCCCUGGCGCACAACCAUGCGGCGGCGGUGGCAGACACACCAGCGCUGGCGCCGCGGCGAGUUCAACCUGUUCACCUUUCCGGUUUCUUCCAACCCCUUCACGAUCAGCUUCGACCUCGACCAGGUCAUCUCCGGCUAUGACACUGGCGACGUCAUCGUUGCCAAGCUCCCCAGAGGUCAAGCCCUCCCGACGUUCAAAGGCCACACAAUGAGUAUCCGAAGUCUUCGAUUUGUUGGCGACGUGCUGGUCACUGGCAGCGAAGACAACACGUUGCGGAUAUGGUCCAUCGCUUCUGCAAGCUGUCUGCACGUUCUCGAGGCGCACACCUCCAUGGUUGCUUGUGUCCGAUUUGGAAACGAUGGCAUCUUUUGUUCCGGAUCCUGGGAUCAAACUGUCAAGGUGUGGAAUACGGAAGGCCAAAUGCUGUGCAAUCUCAAUCUCGAGGCUCCUGUCAACGCAGUCUAUCUGUUGGGACACUCACUGGCGACUCAUCACACUGAGCUGAUUCAAAUCUACACGCUCUCGUCCGACUACUCAUCAGCAAGUUUACACUCGACAAUGGUGGGCCACUUGGAUGAAGUGUUGUGCCUCCAGAUGGACGAGGAAAAUGUGGUUUCUGGAUCGAUGGACAAGACCAUCCGCGUCUGGCGGAGAUCAGACAGCUCAUGCCUGUCGACUCUCAAAGGCCACUCGCGUCCCAUUAGCUGUCUUCAGUUCAAUCGAGAUCGGAUCGUGUCAGGAGACUGGAAUGGUAGUUUGCGCGUCUGGGACUUUGCGACAUUCACGCCCCUUUACAUACUGAUUGAGUCUGGCCCUUCCAUCUCUGACCUGCAAUUCAAUGAUUCCGUCAUCAUGCUGUCUGCUGAUGAUGCUCAAUCGCGCGUGUGUGAUUUCUCUCGGCUGGAGAAUGAGUUUUUGUUUCUCUGAUGAAUGAAGAUGUUAUUGUUGACAGUUUGUUUUUGCUUUUGAAUCAGUCUAACAGAG